GCCACAAAGCGGACGUGAUUAAACAGGUAAAUUAUCAUCACGUGACUCUAACGGCAUUCUGCAGGUGUGUUUAACAGUAAAUACUAUUAUUUUGAUCUCACAGGUAAACAGGUAUUACUAACGUUACUUGUGUUAUUUGUUAAGACGUUUGCACCCGUGUAGUAAUAUACUAUUAUAUUAUACUACAACUGUCACCUAUCGAUUGCAGUCUUACAGUGUUUAGUAUCUGUGGUAUUUCGCUGUCGUGUUGAAUCCUAUAGCGUAAAAGGCUCCUUUUGUGUAUGUGUCGUAUUGCCCGGCAACAAGCAAGCGGACGCCUAAUCAAUGGUGUCGAUAUUGUGAGUUGGGCCGCGAUUGACACAACCAGCAGUGAGGAUUUGUACAGCUCCAUUUAAAUAGUUCUUGUCACGAAAACGAAAACAAAAACAAAAAAAUGUCUUAUGUCGUUCCGCGAUACCGUUCGUCCAUCGUGCGAACAGGGAAGAUACCUGUGGUGGAACACCCCUCCUCCAGGGCGUGGAAGACGGAGGAGCUGUCCAUAUGCGGGACCCCACCCCCAUUCCUGCGACGAGAGAACACGUUGGGCGGUUACCCCACCCACCAUCACGACCCUGGGUAUCACCGGACGUUAGACGUGCGAUAUACCGUUGACGACGAUACACCUCGACUACUGCAGUAUCCUCCAGAAUAUUUACAGAAACCAGGUAGACCAAGGGUCAAAUUUCAAGAUACACAUUACACGAAAGGUUCUUCAGAUCUUGAGCUGAUAGGUGUGAUUCAAGACAAACUAACCAAUGGUUACCAUGGUCUCAAGCACAUGUUCCGAUCCAACGAUCCGUCAGGACAAGGGAAAGUAUCCAGGGAUGCACUACUGAAGAUUUUCUACAAUCUCUUCGGCUACAUAACAAGAGAACAGUUUGAAAAUAUUCUUAGAAGACUUGGAUUGGAGAGACUGCAAUCGAUUUCCUUUGACAGAUUUAUCAGCUGCUUUAAGGACAAUGAGGUUGUACAACGGGAAGCGGUGAAACCACUCAAGCAUAUAACCAUCUUGGAAAACAUCCAACCGAUGUACUGUACCCCGGCAUAUGCAGCGAACGCCUUGAGAGAAAAACUUCACACUGGAAUAGUAGACAUCCAUGACAUCUUACCAGAAUCCUGUUUCCUACCAAACGGCUACGUCGUUCCACCACAACUGAGGGAAGCACUAGCACAAAUUGGUGUUCGACUUUGCAAUGAUGAUUUCCCGAAAGUGUGGCUUAAGUUCGAUCGACAAAAUAUUGGUGCAUUGCAAACCUCGCAGCUGUUUCGCGAACUGGAUCUGGACUACACAGGUCAGCCAAAGGUUGUCUCUGUGUCUCUGAGGAAGGACACGACAACUCCCAAUUCCACCACUCGACACCGCUCCGAGGUGGUGACGUCGCGGACCGACUGGGUGGACAAAUACACCCACGACCCGCACAACGGCAACGUCAAUCUACAGAGAACCAAGACCACCGUCAACCAAACCGAGAAAAAAGUCGAGACAACCGAGUCGACGGAACUCCCGGCUGGUACCGCAGUGCUGGAUCCAAAGAUGCGAUAUCUCGAGAUUGGCCAUAAGAGCAAGCCGAAGUUGGACAACGUCGUAGACGAGUUGCAUUAUAAGAUUACCAGCUAUCUUGAAGAGUUUGAAAAUGCAUACCAUGCCCUCCUGUCAGCGUUCAAGUUGUUCGACUCGAUGGGUGACGGGUACAUCGCACGGGUUGACUUCAGACAAGUUCUCCGCCAGUUUGGAUUCAACAUCGCCGCCGUGGAUCUGGAACACUUCCUGUUACGAGCUGGUCUCACGUGCAUCCAAGGUCAGGUGAGCUAUCGGGACUUCUUACACAAGUAUCAGAGUCGCAGCGACAACAGUCUUACAGCGCAGGUCAUGUCCAACAGGGACCAAUGUGUGCGGAAAAAUGGUUACCCAGCAGAAACUCUGUCAGCAGUGGAGCUGGAGGCCAGGGUUGUAGAUUAUCUUCACUCUGACUUCAUCACCCUUUUCAACCAGUUCAGGAUGCUGGAUAAGAACAACAUAGGUGUCGUGUCACAGUUUGACUUCAGAAACGCCUUGGAGAGAGCCACAGGCUGCCAGAUCUCGGAAGUCCAGUGGGAUCAGCUCAAGAUGGACCUUGGUCUAGGAGCUAGUGGCGCUCUCAUCAACUACCAGACAUUUUUACAGCGUUUCGACACUGAGCCCGGUUCAUGGAACACGCGACAUGAGGGGGCGUACAACAUGCCCCGAUACCCCAACGUCUUCACGCCGCCGCCACAGUUAGACAUCCUGAGGGAGCGAGCGAAGACGUGUUACCCUCGCGUCAUGGACUCCAAUAAGACCAACGCUGACGGCACGAGGGCACUGCCAGAGUUGGAGAGGCAGGUGCACGAACUGUUGUCAAGACGAGCUGAUGCUUUUGAAAAGCAAUUCCAGGAGAUGGACAGAAAAGUUACAGGGCGAAUGACAAAGUGGCAGUUUGGAGCACUACUUAAAAUAGCUGGGUUGUCUCUGUCGACGCGGGAACUGGAUCAGUUGUGGAACUCGAUGCCAGUGGAAGCAGAUAACAUGUUCUCCUACAACGGACUCCUUCAGCAUUUCAACUUGGGACACAGAUCGCUACACUCUCCUACUCACAGGGAUAUCUCUUCUGGCAAGUCGGAGACACAAAGAAGAGUACAACAGGAAAAGAAAGACAAGGAAAAGCAGGUCGAACUGGAACGAAUAGCCAGACGUGCGGAGAUGGAAAGACUGCACAAGGAAAAACAAACCGACCAGGCUGCGAAGCGAGCCGAGAGGGAACGAAGAGUCGACGAGAAAAGAGGAUCCAAAUGUGCCACGCCCUUCGACACGGCCAGAAUGGACGAAAUGGCAAACGCCAAGCUUAAUGUGCUUUAUCAGCAGAAAAUAACCUGUCUGUUACAGAAAAUAAAGCCACAGGUGAUGAACCAAAGAGACUACCUCAAGACUUACUUCCAGACUCGAGACAGAAUGGGAUUCUCUCAUAUCAGUGUCGAUGAAAUGAAGGGGGUCAUGGACAGACUUUAUUUUAAUCUUUUGGAAGAUGAGAAAUGGGAAGUGUGUCGACAGUUUGAUCUCAACGGCAAUGGAAGAUUUCACUACGGCAAAUUCAUGGAUGCGUUCAAUGGAAUUCCAAUGUCAUGUGAAUCUGUGAACCAGUCUAAUAAAUUAAACCAAUCACUGCAGAGAAAGCACAAUUACGCCAUUACUGUAAGCUACGCCAAAUGCACCAUGCAAGAGAAGCUUUUAACUGAGUGGAAAAAUCUACGCAGAGCAUUCAAGAAAUACGACAAAAACAACGACGGCCUUCUCGACUUGCCCGAUUUGAAGAAAGUCCUACGGCAGUGCAAGAUCCCCUUUAAUGACGAAGACCUCUACCACAUCCUCUCGGAGUUCGACGCCAACAUGGAUGGGAAGAUCUCCUAUGAUGAAUUUCUCAAGACAUUACUCACCAGUUAGAACAAACGACGGUGGUUUCAAACAUCGGACCAAAUGACUCUGUUAAAGGCACAGACCCUGUUUUAGCCCAUUAAAAAAUGGACACUAAGUUUAGAUAAUUUACAAACCUGUCACUCAUUUGGAUAAUGUUACAACAGAAUGAAAGAAGAGUCUGUGACGUUAAAACAGGAUAUAUCCUUAAAAAUAAACUAGAACUCGAUUCAAUAAACCGCUACUUCUCAGACGCACGUGCGUUUUUCAAAAUAUGAAAAAUGCUAUUUUUUUUGGUAUUAGAAACAUAAUUCCUAUACGGAAAUGGAUAUCUAAAGAAUAAAAUAUAAGUAAUGUUUGAUUUCAGUGAUCAUAAAGGCUCUAAUAGUGAAAAAUAUGCAUCAGUGUUUAUAAACUAGGGUAUGUCCCUUUAACAGAAAUUCUAUUGAAAUUAGCUCUACUGGUUCACAGGUAAUAGUUAUAAACCAGAGGAGUCGAUUUUAAUCCGAUUGUGUUAAAAGUUGUAAUUUUCGACCAAAUGAUAUCCAAGUGAAGACCUUUUUAUAAUAAGAAUCAGUACACAUCAUGCAUGGCGGAAGCAAGUAGACAUUGAGGAGGAGAGUGACUGAAAUCGAGGGCGCAAAGUUUCUAGGGGGUUCGGGGGUAUUCUCCCCCGUAAUAUUUUGAAAACUAGAUGUCCUGAAAUGCAAUUUCCUGCAUUCUACAAGUAAAGUGCAUCUCUGCCUUAAAUGUACUACCAGUAAUAUUUUUUAUUUGAAAUUAUUAGGGGACUAGAGCCCUUUGCCCCUGCUCCGCCGUGCCUGCAUACCGAAACUGGCGGACACACCAGUUUUACGACUCCCAGAAAUGAAUAGAUACUUCUUCAAAACAAACAAACAAAACAGUGAUCAAUUGUAGCUUAUACUAACCUGGCCAACGUAUACGGUAAUUCAAUAUCGUAAACGUAUGCUCUAAAGCUUUUAACUCGCUCUCUGACGAUUUUGGGGUUUUUUAAUUUUGUAAUGAGUAGUGAAAAUUAAAUUGCAAUAAAUAUAGACGCAUAUUGAUAUUUAGUUUUUGAAGUCAGAAAAUCCCAUAUUUAAUGAUAGUAAAAAAAAUCCCAUUUUAAUAAUAGUCAGAAAAUCCCAUGUUAAUAAUAGUCAGAAAAUCCUAUGUUACAGUGCCUCUGCCAUAACUGAUAGUUAAUAGCUUUCUUUCUUCUAUAUUAAUUUAUUGUACCUUAUGUAUAUCCCGUCUUUGUGACAAAAUGGUUUUUGUGAUAAUUUUUGUGAUUGUGUAACAGUCAAUAAUUAAUUUGCAAGAUGAUGUCAACACGAAUGUGCUAUGGCAGGCAUAUUGUGUGAAAAAUGCAGUUUUGUUUUGUCAACUACAUUAAUUCUUUUUUGUUAGCGUAGGGCUAUUAAUAGCCCACUAAGAUCUGUAUUGACGAAAACAUUUUGGCUAAGAAUUACACUGUCAAAUACGAUUGUCUGUAUUUCCUCAACAAAACCCAUGAAUGCAGGACGUUGUCAGCACAUAUUAGUAAAUGGUACUUUCAAAAAUAAGUUUAAUACUUACCUUCAAUUGUUUGUAUUAAAACAGUUAAUUAGCCAACAAUAAAAUAAUCACACAUUAACAUUUCAAUACCAAUUAUGUUUUAAACACCAUUGUUGCCUGUUGAUUGCACAUUUCUGUGCUAUGAUUUUGUUUAUGAAAACGACAAAAUAAUUUAAAUUACAUUUUAUAAUAAUCUGAUGACUAAUAUUUACUGAUUAAAGUUUUAUAUACAAUUAUUCUCUUUUAUAGGUUUGUAGGUUUUUGUAUAUGUAUUUUAUUUAUAUACAUAUAACAUACUGGAUGUUAUGUUUUACAAUAUAGCAGCCAUGUUUAUUAUUGUUUACACUGGUUAUUUAACAUAUUUUAUAGUAUAGACUUUGUAUAUACAUAAUAUAUGUAUAGUUGUAUUAAUAUUCUGUCAGGGACUGUUAUCUGUGAUAUCCUUAUUAAAUUAGUCAUUAAAUUUUGCUCUUUCUUGGUAUGUCUGUCUGUAUAUCUGUGUGUGUAUAUAUAAUAUGUCUGACUCUAUUGUCAGUGUCUUUCCAUGCCUUCAGGAAAUGUAUGGGUGCUAGGUUCAUUCCAAUAAAUCAUAUACAGUCGAACCUGUAUAUAACGGUCACUCAAGGGACCUCGCAAAAGUGGCCGUUAUGCAUAGGUAGCUGUUAUAUACAGGUAAAGGAAAAACAUAUAAAAUAAUUUACUGUAAAAGCCCCAAUAACUUGGUGUGGAUAUUCAGUGACCCCCCUAACCAGAAGCAAUCAUAAAAAAAAAAUCUAUUGCAAUUUGUUCUAGGUUAAGCCAUUUUUGACAUAUUUCUACUGGACUAUAUCUGUCAGUGUUGACGAGUCGAAUAUUUAUGUAAGUUUAAUGCAAGCCUUACUUCAACCAAUAACAAGUCGACUUGUAAUUUAAAUGACCACCAUAUCAUAAGACGUAAAUACGAGUAAUGAUGCACUGGAGCAUGUAUCUGUUUUGUUUCAACUUAAGUGAAAUAAUAACUUUAUAUUGUGAUGGUGCAGGUCAAUACAUGUAUAUAUAACCGUUAUGGCAAGUUCAACUGUCCAUUUUUGUAAAAAAAAUAAUGGUCACUGUAAUUUUGUGGCCAUUAAAGCAGGUUCAACCAUUAAUUUUGGUCCCAAAAUAGUGGCCGUUGGCCGCACGGAACAGGUGGCUGUUAUAUACAGGUAAAAUAAAGAAGGAAAUGUAUUGGGCUGGAUUUAUGGUGGCCGUUAUGGUCAGGUGACCGUUACAUACAGGAGGCCGUUAUACCAGUCUCGACUAGUUUAAACCAAACACCUACAGUAUGUGUAUUUGAUGAGCGUUUGUAAAGAUCAGACCAACCUACACAGGUAUUUUAGUAUACAGUUCACUUUUCGUAUGGUUCUGGAGAAAACAAAAUCAAUGCUAAUUUCCAACAUUGGUUAAUUAUAGUGUGACAAAUAUACCGAGUUACGGGGUUACAUAACCUAGUUCAGAUAAUAAUAUCAGUCUUAAUAUAAAAGCUGUUAGCAAGUUCAAUGACAUUUUAUAUAUAUAUGUAUAUAUAUAUAAAAAAAAAAAUGUUUUAUUUAACGACGCACUCAACACAUUUUAUUUACGGUUAUAUGGCGUCAGACAUAUGGUUAAGGACCACACAGAUUUU